CCCCCCACCCCCACCAUGUUCCCCUCUCAAAAUGCCUGCUCUACCCCCACCUCUUUCCUACUGACAGGCAUCCCUGGACUGGAGCCCUUGCACAUCUGGCUAUCCAUCCCCUUUGGCUCAAUGUAUUUGGUAGCUGUGGUGGGGAAUGUGACCAUCCUGGCAGUAGUGAAAGUGGAACGCAGCUUGCACCAACCCAUGUACCUCUUCCUGUGCAUGUUGGCAGUCAUUGACCUGAUCCUGUCCACCUCCACCAUGCCCAAGCUGCUGGGCAUCUUCUGGUUUGGUGCCCGUGACAUUGGACUGGAUGCUUGCCUGGCCCAGAUGUUUCUCAUUCACUGCUUUGCCACUGUUGAGUCAGGCAUCUUCCUGGCCAUGGCUUUUGACCGCUAUGUGGCCAUCUGUGAUCCACUGCGCCAUACCACAGUGCUCACCCAUAGCAUGGUGGGCCGCAUGGGACUGGCUGCCCUUUUGCGGGGGGUGCUCUACAUCAGCCCCUUGCCUCUGAUGAUCCGUCUGAGACUCCCUCAUUACCGAGCCCGGAUUAUUGCCCAUUCCUACUGUGAGCAUAUGGCAGUGGUGACCCUAGCAUGUGGUGACACAAAAGUUAACAAUCUUUAUGGCAUGGGAAUUGGCUUCCUUGUUCUGAUCUUGGACUCUCUGGCCAUUGCAGCCUCUUAUGUGAUGAUCUUCCGGGCUGUUCUAGGACUGGCCACUCCAGAGGCCAGGCUCAAGACCCUGGGGACAUGUGGAUCCCACAUCUGUGCCAUCUUAGUUUUCUAUAUCCCUAUUGCUGUCUCCUCCCUCACCCACCGCUUUGGCCAUCAUGUUCCCCCCCAUAUCCACAUCUUGCUGGCCAAUUUCUAUAUGCUUAUCCCACCCAUCCUCAACCCCAUUGUCUAUGCUGUUCGAACCAAGCAAAUCCGUGAGAGGCUUCUUCGAAUUCUGAAGGCAGGAGCUCAGUUCAGGUGA